GCACCAAGGCCCGGCACCGGCAGCGGCACCGGAGCGGCCGGCGGCGGCGGCGAUGCGGUCGCCCAGCUGAAGGCGCGGCGCCGUCGCUGCUCGCUGUCGCCCCGCCGGGCCAUGGCCGUGCGCGGCGGCAACGCCCUGACGCCUUUCUCCAUCCAGGCCAUCCUCAACAAGAAGGAAGAGCGCGCCCGACACGCGGCGGGGCGGCCGCCGGGGCCAGCCGGGGGAUGGAGGCUCUGCGGGGCCGCCGAGGGGCCGCCGCUACCCGCCGGGGCCGCCCGGCCGGCCGCUGCCGCCCCGCGGACGCCGGUGGGCUGGGACUCGGACUCGGCGCUGAGCGAGGAGCCCGAGGGCGAGCGGCGCUCCGAGGAGGAGGGCGCCGGGGGCAGCGGCCGCCCCGCCGAGGCGGCGGGCGGUGGGGGGAGGCCGGCGGCGGCGGAGGUUCAGCCCCCGGAGGCGGCGGAGCGGGACAACGCCGGGCUCAGUGACAGCGAGAUGUCGGCGGCCGUCUCAGAUCGCAGCCCGCCGGAGGAGGAGGACGGAGCGGGCAAGUGCGGGAAGCUGCUGCCGGCGGAGGACGAGGCUGCUGCGGCGCCGAAGCCGCGCAAGAAGCGCUCCCGGGCCGCCUUCUCCCACGCGCAGGUCUUCGAGCUGGAGCGGCGCUUCAACCACCAGCGCUACCUGUCGGGGCCCGAGCGGGCCGACCUGGCCGCCUCGCUGAAGCUCACCGAGACGCAGGUGAAGAUCUGGUUCCAGAACCGGCGCUACAAGACCAAGAGGCGGCAGAUGGCCGCAGACCUGCUGGCCGCCGCGCCCGCCGCCAAGAAGGUGGCCGUCAAGGUGCUGGUGCGCGACGACCAGAGACAGUAUCACCCCGGCGAGGUGCUGCGGCCGCCCUCGCUGCUCUCCCUCCAGCCCUCCUACUACUACCCCUACUACUGCCUGCCCGGCUGGGCACUGUCCACCUGCGCUGCAGCCGCCGGCACCCAGUGAGGGGCACCCAGCGUGCGCCCCCCGCAGCACCCCGGGGAGCCUGUCUCCCACCUCCCCCUGCUCCCAAUCCACAGCCCCCGCCGCAGCUCUCGGUGCCUCGGACAGUAUUUAUUAUUAUUUUAUUGUUAUUUUUAUUAUUAAUAUUAUUUGGACGGUCCCUCACCCGCUCCUCUCCCAGCGUAGGACUUCUCGGCCACCCUCUUGCCCACUCGCCCCGUCCCUGCCCCGGCAGCCGAGGACUCUUGCAAUUCGGCACGACUAGUUCAUGGUAUCCAUGUUGUCAGUGUAUUUGGUGUAGACUUUUUUUGUUUGUUUAAUUUCGCUUCGGAUCGGUAGAGACUCGAUCUUGUGUGGGAGAGAGAAAGAGAGAGAGAGAAAAAAAAAAAAGGAAAGGAAAAAAAAAAAAAAAAACCACCAACAACGAAACGCCGCGAAACCAAAUGCAGCUCCGAAGAGGAGAUCAAGGACUCCCUCGGUGGAUUGUAAGGAAGCUUAUUUUUGACGUCUGUAUGAGUCCUUGGUCUUCCAGCUCGUUGCAAACUGAGUGUGCCUUGUAUGGUGCUGAAUGUAAGGAAACCUCUUUCAGAUCCCCCCUGCUCUUGUUGCCCAUGUUAUUCCUGUACUCCAUGAUCCCUGGCAAAGGAUAAAUAUGUCACAGAAGGGUGAGACUUAUAUCGCAGCCCCAGACUUCUUCUUUUUCUUUUCUUUUUUUGUUUUCCUAAGAUCUUUCCGUGUUCGGGGAGGGAGGAGUUACGGAUUUUUCGCACUUUCCAGUUGUAUUAAAGUUGUUGUUAUUAUUA